AUGUCAUCAGCUGGAAAUAGAAACACUAACACCAUAUUUGGUAAAAAACAAAAACUGGAGGUUCAGCAGCAAUUAAAGCGCCUUAACAAGCCCGCUCUUAAAUCCAUCAAGAGCCCGGAUGGAGAUAUAAUCGACUGCGUAGAUAUCAACAAGCAGCCAGCUUUUGAUCAUCCUUUGUUAAAAAAUCACACAAUUCAGAUGAGACCAAGUUCUUACCCAGAAGGGUUUUCAUUUGAUGAAAUCAAUGACGUCUCUUCAAACUUCGAGCCUGAAUUUACUCAGCCAUGGCACUUGAAUGGAAGGUGCCCAGAAGGAACUAUUCCCAUAAGAAGAACUAAAGAAGAAGAUUUAUUAAGGGCAGGCUCUGUAGAAAAUUUUGGAAGGAAAAAAUACCAUACCAACGCUCAUACUAGUAAUAACGAUCCACAAAUCCAUGAGUAUGCAACGUUAAGUGAGACUGGAGAUAAGUAUUAUGGAUUGACGGCAGACAUGAACCUGUGGAACCCCUAUACCAUGGAAGAUGCAUUUAGCAACUCUCAAUUCUGGUUGGCAAAAGGUGAAUAUGGUCAAGAUCUUGAUACCAUUGAAGCCGGCGCGAUGGUUUGCGAAGGUCUAUAUCACGAUAAAAACACUAGACUCUUCAUAUAUUGGACUGAUGAUGCAUAUCAGAACACAGGUUGCUAUAAUCUAUUUUGCCCUGGCUUUGUUCAAGUUGACAAAGAGAUUGCGAUGGGUGCAACUGUCACCCCUUAUUCCAAGUAUGGUGGUAACCAAUAUGCACUCAAGUUCUACGUUUGGAAGGACAUUUAUGGAAGGGGAGACUGGUGGAUGAAUAUUAACCACAGAAAAUUUGGAUAUUGGCCAUCUUCCAUAUUCUCGAUCCUGUCUGAUAGUGCUUCACAAGUUAGAUGGGGAGGAGAGAUCCUAAAUUAUAAUUCAGGAGGGCAGCACACCACAACACAAAUGGGUAGUGGCCAUUUCGCAGAAGAAGGGGCCGGCAAGGCUAGUUUCUUCAAAAAUCUCAAUGUCAUUGAUGGGUAUGGUCAUGUGAAAUCAGAAUGUCCAACAUUCUUGAGAGCAAAGGGUAAAACUAUGAUUGUAACCCUUAGUGAUGGUGAAGUUUUUGAUCACGAGUCUAGAAGUAAUGAAGAUGGAAACUUCUUUACUUUCACAGCUACUACUAUAGUUAAUGAAAGUGAUUUGGUUGAAGAGAACCCUUCUGACGGGGAACUCUCUGAGAGUGUUGACUUGCAAGAAACUUAUAAUAAGCUAUGCAAGGUUUCUGCAAAGGAUGCAAUGAGUGUGGAUUUAGGACUAAAGGAGAUAGCCAUUCUUAAACAAGAAAAGAAAAACUUGUUGCUGAAUUUGUUUAAUGCUAAUGAACUGGUAAAUAUGGUGAAGGCUGAAAAUAUUAAGUUGGUUGAAAAAAUUAAGAACCUAGAACUAAUUGUUUGUUCUAAACUUAAUCACAUGUCAAGUAUUUAG